GAGACUUACGACAGUGACCGAAACCAAGGGUAAAUCACCUGCUGUUGAUGUGCCACAAAUGAAGUGGCUUCCUUAUCUUCACCAUAACUUAUUGUAUGCCUCCAGUUUGAGCACAGGUUCCCUGCUCCAGAUUGGCUGGAUUUCUGCAUAAGCCCUGGAUCUGUUUCUGCAGGAAAGUGCAACUAGCAGUCGUCAACCAUGAAGAUUCUUAGCUACCUCCUGGUUUACCGAAGGUUCCUUCUCAUUGUCCUCACCCCACUGCUUUUACUUCCACUUCCACUUAUCAUCAAAACCAAAGAAGCAGAAUGUGCAUACACGUUGUUUGUAGUUGCCAUCUUUUGGCUCACAGAAGCAUUGCCACUGGCUGUUUCAGCUUUGCUCCCUGCCUUUAUGUUCCCAUUGUUGGGUAUAAUGGGAUCCAAGCAGGUGGCAUCUGCUUAUUUCAAAGACUUUCAUCUGCUGCUGAUUGGAGUAAUUUGUUUGGCAACAUCAAUCGAAAAAUGGAAUCUCCACAAAAGAGUGGCUUUAAGAAUGGUGAUGCUGGUGGGUGUCAACCCUGCAUGGCUUACGCUGGGUUUCAUGGUUAGCUGUGCUUUCUUGUCAAUGUGGCUCAGCAAUACCUCUGCUGCUGCCAUGGUGAUGCCAAUUGUAGAAGCUGUAGCACAGCAGAUCACUAAAGCUGAAGCAGAAGCUGAUGCACUGGACAUGUCUUGCUCUAAUGGCUCCAUCAACCCGGCACUGGAGCUGGACGAAAAUAUAGGAGAAAGUGAAAACAGUGACUGGAAAGAGAAAGAAAAACAAGUUAAUGGAUAUGACAACAGUGUGAGUAGUACUAUGUGCACAAUUGAAAAAGAAAGUGAAAAAGAAAAGGAACAGCAGAACUUGCCGCCUGCUGAAACAGAGAAAAAAAGCAGAGAGGACAAAUACAGUGGGAUCUUCAAAGUGAUGUGCUUAUGUGUUGCUUAUUCUGCUACCAUUGGAGGGCUGACCACAAUCACAGGAACAUCAACUAAUCUGAUUUUUACUGAGCACUUCAAUACACGUUACCCAGAUUGCCAGUGCAUCAAUUUUGGAUCCUGGUUUAUCCUUUCCAUCCCUAUCACAGUUGUUAUCCUGAUGCUCUCCUGGCUUUGGCUCCAGUGGCUUUUCCUUGGGUUUGAUUUUAAAAACAUGUUCAAGUGUGGCAAAAAGAAAACAGCUAGAGAAGAGGCUUCUGCACAGGUGAUUCAGGAGGAGUAUAAGAAGCUUGGACCAAUGAGCUACCCAGAAAUUGUUACACUCGUCCUAUUCAUUUUAAUGACCCUGCUGUGGUUCACCAGAGAGCCUGGCUUCAUCCCAGGGUGGUCUUCACUUUUCCCAAAGUAUAAAGGCUAUGCAACAGAUUCAACAACUGCCUUAGUGAUAGGCCUCCUGUUCUUUAUUAUUCCAGCAAAAACAUUGUCUAGAACUUCAAAUGGAGAAACCACUGUUUUUGGUUACACUCCUCUGAUUACUUGGAAGGAAUUUCAGUCAUGCAUGCCUUGGGAAAUAGCUAUUCUUGUUGGUGGUGGGUUUGCACUGGCAGACGGCUGCGAGGUUUCAAAACUUUCUGAUUGGGUAGCAAGUAAAUUGACCCCCCUAGGAUCAUUACCCUUGUGGCUGGUUAUCCUGAUCUCGUGCCUUAUUGUCACUUCAGUAACGGAAGUGGCCAGCAAUCCAGCUACCAUUACGAUAUUUUUGCCCAUACUGUCUCCUUUGGCUGAAGCCAUUCAUGUGAAUCCGCUUUUCAUUUUGAUACCUGCUACCUUGUGUACUUCCUUUGCAUUCCUGCUCCCUGUUGCAAACCCAGCAAAUGCCAUUGUAUUUUCAUAUGGUCAUUUAACUAUUAUGGACAUGGUGAAAGCUGGUUUGGGCAUUAACAUCAUCGGAGUUGCUGUAGUUAUGCUUGCAAUUAUGACAUGGAUAGUGCCUAUGUUUGACCUCUAUAACUACCCAAGUUGGGCACCAAACAUUCCUUCUACAAAUAGCACUGGGCUGUAAAGAAAAGGAAAAAAAAUAUUCUGAGCAUUGAUUUGGAUUGGUUUUAUUUCUUUUGUU